UCAAGCUUCAAUGUGUUGACAAGAUGUUGACACAGAUCACGAAUUUGAUUAAGGGACACAGAGGGAUAAUACACACAAAUUGAUUCGCAUAGGAAGAUGAUCCACAUAUGUUUAUAUCCUCAGUAAUGCUGUCUCUCCUACCACCCAACAUCUGUCGAACUUCAAAGCUACGUUUAGUAUACCCAGGAUGCAUUGGCCACCACAAAAUGUGGAUAAAUUCAAUUCCUUUGAAGACCCUGCACCAGCUACCAAUUUGAGUACAGAUUAGAUCAUUGUCAACCCCGAUCAGUUUUUUCACUAAAUGACUCGGAUGAG